AAUUUUGUUACUUUCUAAUUUUUCUGAACGUACUGUAACGUGCGACGUGCGUAUUUUCAAUUUAGAAACAUGAAGUGUUGGUUGUGUUAAAGAGGUUAUGGCAGUGUAAAUAAAGUAAUUAGUAUGUAAUUUAUAUUCAGUGUAUUAUUUUGAUUAUUAUUAUCUGUGACGACGAAAUAUAGGCUAGUUGUUUUAUAAUGUGUGAAGUAUCAAGUGAUAUAAUUGUUAAUGGACAAUACGUGAUCUUCAGAAGAAAAGAGUACAAAAAACUCCAUUUGUUGUCUGAAAAGAGUACUCAUAUUUUUAUUGGAAGAGAUAAAGUAGAAGUCAGUGCUGUGUUAGGUGAAAAAAUUGGCUCUGUGUUUAAAUUAUUACCUAAAAGGGGACUCAAUCGUCACUUUUCUCUGAAGCUUUGUUGUUUAGAAGACUUAACCUGUUCAAGUGACUCUUUUAAAGAUUUAAGCAGUGGAUUAGAUAAUCGAAAUAUUUGUGAUGAUGGAUCGUCACAGUUAUUAACAUCAGAUUCAAUUGAAGAAUUAAGGGACAAUGGAAUUGCUCCCAAAGCCAUAAUUGAGCAUUUAAUAGAAAAUAGCAAGACAUUUCAAACAAAAACGGAGUAUUCUCAAGAGAAAUACAUUAAAAAGAAAGAGAAAAAGUACUUCGAGUUUAUAUCCAUUUUGCGACCAACCAUAAGAUUGCUUGCAGAUAUUUUAUACAGCCGUGAUCUUCCAAAAUCCAUUGGAAUUCGAUUAGAUACUUUGUCACAAAUAUCCACAGCAUUAAACUUCCAACCAGAUGGUUGCUAUUUAUUGGUUGAGAAUGGAUUCAAUGGUAUUGUUGCUGCUACGUUACUAAAUGGUCUCUCAGAUGAUGGUAGAUUGAUUCACAUUACCCCAGGAAAUCAAAAUCAAAAACAAGCUGUAUUAGCAAUGAAUUUCUCUAAAGAGCGCAUGUCUCAAUUAACAACAGUGAGGCUAACUACUCUGAAUGAAAUGACAGAGAAAACUAUGACUACAGAUCAAAUCAAUAGUGUUCCCAUUGGGUGUGAGAAAAUUCAUAAUAGUACAUGCAAUAUUGGGCUGAACGGAUCGGAUAACCUAAGUGACAAAGUGAAUUCAAUUAUUUCUGACGAAAAUUUUAUGGAGGAUGAGAACAGUUCUGCUGGUGUCGAAUUUCGCAAGAGAAAAUACUCAACAUCAGAGUCUAUAAGUACAGAGUUGGAACUUAAAAAACCACGCUGGGCAGUGGAGGCUGAGGAUGCCCUGGAGGUUCUUAAGAAAAAGGUAGAUGGUCUUGUAUUAGCUUGUAAAGAAUUUCCUGUAAACAUUUUAAACAAGCUGUUAACAUUUGUAUUGCCAUCUAGGCCAUUUGUGAUUUAUUCAUUAUAUCAGGAACCUUUAUUGGCUUUGUAUUUACAGUUAAAACAGAGAAAUGAUGUUGUAAACUUAAAAAUUACAGAGACUUGGUUUCGUCCCUAUCAAAUAUUACCGCAGCGAAGCCAUCCAGCUGUAACUGUUAGUUCAAGUAGUGGUUAUUUGUUGAGUGGAAUUAAAGUAUUGUGUAAGUAAUUUA